AUGCGAUGCAUAAUACCAGAUGUCCAAAAUAGAUAUGUGGUUGAAGAGGUGAAUAAUUGGGUUAGUGUAGCAAAGAGUUGUCAAAAGGGUAUAGCGAAAUGCUCACGUGAUGCACGUGAUUGCGUCAAAGUUAAUUGUGGUGGAUAUGUAGGUUUAGGAGAAUAUGACGAUAUAAUUAAUGCAAAUAUAAUUAGUAAUAUUAGA